AUGGUACAAAGGAGUCAGCUGUUUCUGCUGCUCGUUUUCAUCAUACUUUCAGCUAUAGCAGCUCAGACAGAAAAUCAGGACUAUGUUGCUCUACUUUCUCUCAAGGAUAUAUGGCAGAAUACUCCACCCAAUUGGGUGGGUUCGGAUCCUUGUGGCAAGGGAUGGGAAGGAAUUGGGUGCAAAAAUUCACGUGUGACCUCCAUAACGCUAUCAAGCAUUGGUUUGACAGGCUUCCUGUCUGGAGAUUUCGAACUGUUAUCUGAACUAAAGACCCUGGAUCUAUCUUACAACAAGGGCCUGACAGGAACACUCCCACGAUCAAUUGGGAGUUUGAAGAAACUAUUGAACUUAAUCCUAGUUGGUUGCAGCUUCUCAGGUCCUAUUCCUGACACAAUAGGAUCUCUACAGCAGCUACUUUACCUAUCGCUGAAUUCUAAUCAAUUCAGUGGACAGAUUCCGCCUUCCAUUGGUAAUCUAUCCAAUCUUCUUUGGCUCGAUCUAACUGACAACCGGCUUGAUGGACCCGUCCCUGUCUCUAAUGGGAGCACACCUGGUCUUGAUAUGCUAGUUAAUGCCAGACACUUUCAUCUUGGACAGAAUAAACUUUCAGGAAGGAUCCCACCUCAAAUUUUCAGCUCAAAAAUGGUUCUAAUACAUGUGCUUUUGGAUGGCAACCAACUAACCGGCAGCAUUCCUUCCACCCUUGGACUUGUGCAAGCCUUGGAGGUGUUGCGCGUUGAUGGGAAUGCAUUAAGUGGGCCUGUGCCUUCAAACUUCAACAAUCUUACUAAUCUUAGCCAGAUGUUCUUGUCAAACAAUAAAUUGACUGGACCUAUGCCUAACCUUACUGGCAUGAACUUCCUCAGCUACGUGGAUAUCAGUAAUAAUACCUUUUAUAGAUCAAAUGCUCCUCCAUGGUUCCCAACCCUACAGUCUUUGACAACACUAAUAAUGGAAAACACACAACUUCAAGGACAAAUUCCUGUUGCCCUAUUCAGCUUACCCCAUCUACAGACAGUGGUACUAAAGAAAAACCAGCUCAAUGGCCCCCUGGAUAUUGGCACCACCCAUAGCAACCGGCUCAAACUCAUUGAUUUGCAGUCCAAUUUGAUUUCUCGCUUAGAAGAAAAGGAAGCAUACAAUGCUAUAUUGAUACUGGAGGACAACCCAAUCUGUGAAGAGACAGGAGCACUAAACAAUUACUGCACAGUUUCCCACUCCAGUUUCUCAUAUUCAACACAACAAAAUUGCGGGCCUGCUACCUGCAUUUCAGAUCAGAUUUUAAGCCCCAACUGUAGGUGUGCAUAUCCAUACACGGGAACCCUCUUCUUUGGAGCUCUGUCCUUUUCAAACUUGGGGAACAAUACUUACUACAUCAUACUUGAGGAAUCACUCAUGCAUUUUUUUCACUCCCAUCAACUUCCUGUGGAUUCAGUCUCUCUAACUCUAAGUAAUCCCAUUAAGGCUUCAUUUGAGUACCUUGAAGUGAAGCUAAAACUCUUUCCUUAUGGUCUAGUUAGUUUCAAUCGAACAGGAAUUUCAAGUAUUGGGUUCAUGCUUAGCAACCAGACUUUCAAGGCACCAAUAAUUUUUGGACCUUUCUAUUUUAUUGGUGAUAAGUACGAGAAAUACACAGAAUCAACAAAGUCAUCAAGCAUUUAUAUUAUAAUUGGAGCUGUAGUUGGUUCCAUCGUGCUGCUGGUAAUACUCCUUGCAGGGGUUUAUGCUCUCCACACAAAGAAAAGAGCAAAAAAAGUAAUUGAACAUACCAACCCAUAUGAACAAUUGGACCUAAGUAGGAGGAGGGGUGGUAGUUUUCUUGAGGUAAAAGGUGUGAGAUGGUUUUCCCUUAAAGAGCUUGAGAAAUACACCAAACAUUUUUUAGUAGCAAAUGAGAUUGGAUCUGGCGGUUACGGGAAGGUUUAUCGAGGGUCUCUUCCUACUGGGCAAUUGAUUGCCAUUAAACAGGCAAAAAAAGAAUCUAAACAGGGAAAACUUGAGUUCAAAACUGAGAUUGAACUUUUAUCGAGGGUCCAUCAUAAGAAUCUUGUCAGCCUUAUGGGGUUCUGUUUCAAGAAAGGUGAACAAAUUCUAGUGUAUGAGUAUGUUCUAAAUGGUAGUCUAAAGGAUAGUCUCUCAGGGAAGUCAGGAAUCAGGUUGGAUUGGAUGAGGAGACUUAAUGUGGCCCUUGGUGCAGCUAGAGGCCUGACCUAUCUUCAUGAAUUUGCCAAUCCACCCAUUAUACAUAGGGACAUAAAAUCAAACAACAUUCUACUCGAUGAGUCAUUAAAUGCUAAAGUUUCUGAUUUUGGAAUCUCCAAGCCAAUGGCUAACAGUGAAAGCAGUCAUGUAAUCACUCAAGUUAAAGGGACAAUGGGCUACAUGGAUCCAGAAUAUUACAUGACCCAUCGAUUGACUGAGAAAAGUGAUGUAUAUAGCUUUGGAGUGCUAAUGUUGGAGCUGAUAACUGCAAGAAAGCCAAUAGAGCAUGGAAAAUAUAUUGUGAGAGAGGUGCAGGAGAAAAUGGAUAAGACAAAAGAUUUAUACAACCUUCAUGAAUUUCUUGACCCAGCCAUUGGUUUGGGGACAACCCUAAACGGUUUUGAAAAGUUUGUGGAUCUGGCAAUGAGGUGUGUGGAAGAAGCAGGAUCCAACAGGCCUAUGAUGGCUGAGGUGGUUAAAGAGAUUGAAAACAUUAUGGAGCUUGCUGGUUUAAAUCUCAAUACUAAUUCCACAUCCACUUCUGCAAGUUAUGAGGAGAUAAGUAAAGGGAGUUCCCACUAUCCUAAAAGUAGUGGGACCCUUGAUUCUAGUGGAGUAUACCUUCCAAGAUAG